AUGGCGUCAGGUGGUUCCUCACGCUCCCGUGUUGAUCAGUUCUUUUCUUCAAAGAAGAAGAAUAAGCUUGUAUCACUCCUUUCAAAGUCGGGGAUUGUUGAACAAGAUGCAAAGCUUGCCCUUGAAGCAUCUCCUAGUGCCAAGGGUUCUUUGUCCAGCUAUUUAGUGUCUUCACAAAAUGAAAAUCAUCCUCUUAGUACUUUACUCACAGCUCGUGGGUCAUCUGAUAGGCAAGAUCAAGUGAGAAGAAACUUGACAUCGGAGAUUGAGUCGUCUUCAAGAAAUGAAAAUGUCGAAAUUAUAUCAUCUGACCAAGGGCAUGUUCAUAGAUCACAAGGGGAGAAACCGAAUCCGUGUAAUUUGGUAGAACCUAUAGCUGGAGACCUUCAAUGUAACUCUUCUGAUUCCAUGCUUGGCGUGGAAAAUCCUGAACUACAACAGUUUGCGGCUAAUUUUUUGUCAUUUUAUUGUAGUGAACUUCCAACUACAAAAGUUAACACAAAUAAAAGGCAGGGUAGUCCAUCUGUUCUAGAUUUGGAUGGAAAUUUGGUUAAGAAGAGGCAUUUAAGUAGUGUUGGAUACCAGUCCCAUGAGGGUGAAGCAGUUGUCUAUAUCGAGAAUCCAUCCGAUCAAGUGCGGAUUGACAACUCCAAAGAGACUAGUAUGGGUAACAAUCCAGAGCUUCAAUUAGGCUUGAGAAAAUGCAAUAAAACAUCCACGGAAGCUGUUGAUCAGAUAUUAUGCGAUACACCGGGGAUCGCCUCAGAUAAAGUUGGAACUGAAAAAACUCCUCAGUCAAUGCAUGGAAGCUCCAUGUUUUCACCAGGAGAUACAUUCUGGAAAGAGGCGAUCCAGGUGGUCGAUGGUAUGGCGUACCGCAAUAAAGAUCUUCCCGCACAGGUUGUUGAAGAAUCCAAAGGUGCCAAGAGAGAUUUCAGAGGUGGAGUGGAUGCUUCCAUGACAUCUACAGGGAAGAAUGGUAUUUCUAUGGAAAAAGAAGUGUCCCCUUUACCUGUGAAGCAUUUUGAUUUUUCUUUCGAGGACAAAAAUAAGGACGUGGAUUCUCCAUGCCAUCGCAUUGUAAAUAAUAUGGACAGGCUUGUUGAGUGUCCUAUAACCGGUGACAAUCCAACAACCAUGCAUAUGAGCACCCCUUGCAACCAAGUCCAACCUUUGUCUAAUUUGCAAGAGACAUCUUCGAGUUGUGUAAUUACCAAAAGGAGAGUGGAUGUAUUGAAUCAACCUAAUGAUAAUAGAACAUCUAAUACACCAGGUACGGACAUCAAAGGUUCUAACAUGAAUUGUCCUCACAGUGUAGAAAGUACUCCAUCAAGUUCCUUGCUUCCCAAUGACCGUUUAGACAUUAGCAAUUGGCUCCCUUCUGAGCUAUGCAACAUUUAUAAAAGACGGGGAAUAUCAAAGCUGUAUCCUUGGCAGGUGGAUUGCCUUCAGGUAGAAGGGGUGUUACAAAGAAGGAACCUUGUGUAUUGUGCAUCUACAAGUGCUGGGAAAAGUUUUGUUGCAGAAAUUUUGAUGUUGCGUCGAGUAUUAUCAACAAGAAAAAUGGCACUUCUUGUUCUUCCCUAUGUAUCAAUUUGUGCGGAGAAGGCUGAACAUCUUGAAGCCCUACUGGAACCACUUGACAAGCAUGUUCGCAGUUAUUAUGGAAGCCAAGGUGGUGGAACGCUUCCUAAAGAUACCUCUGUAGCUGUUUGCACAAUCGAGAAGGCAAACUCUCUACUCAAUAGAUUGCUAGAAGAGGGGCGUUUGCAAGAAGUUGGGAUCAUAGUAAUUGACGAACUUCACAUGGUUGGAGAUCAGCACAGGGGCUAUCUCUUGGAACUUAUGUUAACAAAGCUUCGGUAUGGAGCUGGAGAAGGCGGUGUAGAAUUUUCUAGCGGAGAAAGUUCUGGGACUAGCAGUGGGAAAACCGACCCCACUCAGGGUCUCCAAAUUGUUGGGAUGAGUGCAACCUUGCCCAAUGUUGGUGCAGUUGCUGAUUGGCUUCAAGCAUCACUUUACCAGACAGAUUUUCGACCUGUUCCGCUUGUGGAGUACAUUAAAGUUGGUAACGCAAUUUAUGACAAAAAUAUGGAACUUGUUAGGACGAUCUCAAAAAGAGCUGAUCUUGGUGGUAAAGAUCCUGACCAUGUUGUAGAAUUAUGCAAUGAGGUUGUCCAAGAGGGCCAUUCAGUGUUGAUUUUUUGCUCCAGUCGUAAAGGAUGUGAAUCAACUGCCAGGCAUGUUGCAAAGUACCUCACAAAGUUCUCUGUAAAUACCCUUAAUGGUGAAAGUGAAUAUCCUGAUAUUGCUUCUGCCGUUGAUGCAUUGCAAAAGUCUCCUGCAGGAUUAGAUCCUAUAUUAGCCGAAACACUUUCUUCAGGUGUUGCCUAUCAUCAUGCUGGUCUUACGGUUGAAGAAAGAGAAAUUGUUGAAAACUGCUAUCGUAAAGGUCUAGUACGUGUCUUAACUGCUACAUCCACCUUAGCUGCUGGGGUCAAUCUACCUGCAAGGAGAGUUAUCUUCCGACAGCCUCGGAUUGGUCGUGAUUUUAUAGAUGGGACAAGAUAUAGACAGAUGUCUGGGCGUGCUGGUCGCACAGGAAUUGACACAAGAGGAGAGAGUGUGCUAAUAUGCAAGCCUGAAGAAGUGAAAAGAAUUGUGGCGCUCGUUGGUGAUAGCUGCCCACCAUUGCAUUCCUGUUUGUCCGAAGAUAAGAAUGGAAUGACCCAUGCAAUCUUAGAAGUUGUUGCUGGUGGUAUUGUUCAAACUGCUAGUGAUAUUCAUCGAUAUGUUAGGUGCACUCUUCUCAAUUCAACACAACCAUUUGAAGAUGUAGUUAAAUCAGCAAAAGAUUCCCUGAAGUGGCUGUGCCAUAGGAAGUUUCUUGAGUGGACCGAAGAUACUAAGUUAUAUAGUACCACAUCUCUUGGACGUGCUUCUUUUGGCAGCUCUCUCUGUCCUGAGGAGUCACUUAUUGUGUUGGAUGACCUUUCACGGGCGAGAGAAGGAUUUGUGCUUGCAUCGGACUUGCACUUAGUAUACUUAGUAACACCAACUAAUGUUGAUGUUGAGCCAGAUUGGGAAUUGUACUAUGAAAGAUUCAUGCAACUGUCCGCUCUUGAUCAGUCUGUUGGAAAUCGUGUUGGAGUGCAAGAACCGUUUUUGAUGCGUAUGGCUCAUGGAGCUCCAAUUCGCACUUCAGAACGAUCAAGACAUGUGAUAAAAGGACUUGGGGUGUCAACUAAUGGCAUCCUUACAGAUGAUCAAAUGCUUCGUGUCUGUAAGAGAUUCUAUGUUGCACUCAUCUUAUCAAGACUUGUACAGGAAGUACCUGUGGCAGAGGUUUGUGAAGCUUUCAAGGUGGCUCGUGGAAUGGUUCAAUCUUUGCAAGAAAAUGCCGGAAGGUUUGCUUCUAUGGUUUCAGUGUUUUGUGAAAGACUUGGUUGGCAUGAUCUUGAGAGCUUGGUUGCCAAGUUUCAAAAUCGUGUUUCAUUUGGUGUUAGAGCAGAGAUUGUUGAGCUUACCACCAUUCCAUAUAUCAAGGGUUCUCGAGCUAGGGCCCUUUAUAAAGCUGGCUUGCGCACUCCCCAAGCAAUUGCUGAAGCAUCUGUAUAUGAAAUUGCUAAAGCCAUUUUUGAAUCUUCAUCGUGGGAUGCACAAGAGAACUCGGCACAAAAGCGUAUUCAGUUGGGAGUGGCCAAAAAGAUAAUGAAUGGUGCCCGCAAAGUUGUCCUGGAUAAAGCUGAAGAAGCAAGGGCUGCUGCUUUCUCAGCUUUCAAGGCUCUUGGGGUUGAUGUUCCUCAGUUUUCUCUACCCAAAUUACCAUUAGCUUCUGUGAAUUUCACGAAGAAAGAAGCAGUAACGUCUUCACGAGAAGAGACCACCAGCUGCUUUGUUUGCGUGGACCAAGGAAUACAAAUUUCAACGAAGUCUCUAAUAGAAGGAAGUGAUUACCAAAAUAAUAAAAAAUCAAAAAGUGAAGGAGCAACGGAAGAAAAACCAUGUGAUGUUGGUGUAGGGACCUCGGCAGAAGAAAACUCCGAUGAUACAACUUUAAGUUACUCGGGUGCUGUCAACCUGGUGGCCACAGUUAAUGGGUCCCGAGCCAUUGCUUAUGAACGAAAAUCUACCUCUGAUCACAUCAACGAUAUGAAGGAAAAGACUUCCGAUCAACAUCUUCCCCAGAAAGAGCAUGAGAGGAAAGAUGUAUGUGUCGGUAGCAAGGAAAGAAACCCUGAAAAGGGUCCAAUGAACGCAGUUAAUGCUCCUGGUGGAUUUGAUUCUUUCUUGGAUAUGUGGGAAGCCACACAAGAAUUCUUUUUCGAUAUUCACUUCACCAAACGGUCUGAAUUCAACUCAAUUGCUCCUUUUGAAGUACAUGGCAUUGCAAUCUGCUGGGUAGAUUCUCCUGUUUACUAUAUCAGUGUUCCCAAGGACUUAUUCAGUGAAAGAAACAAAAACCUAAUUGGUAAUAGUCUUCGGGCUCCGGAGGAUCAGCUUGAGAUGGCAAAGCAGAGAUGGUGUAGAGUUGGUAUGAUAAUGGGGAAAAGCCAAGUCCGAAAAUUUGGAUGGAAUUUGAAGAUUCAGAAUCAGGUGUUAAAGAAUCCCGCUGUUCCUAUUCAGAGGUUUGGUAGCAUGUUUCGUCCAGUGAAAACUAUCGGUGUGGAGCUCAUUGAAAGCAGUUACUACAUGUUUUCUCCAGUUCAUCUGAAAGAUGCUAUUGACUUGUGUGUUGUAGCUUGGAUUCUGUGGCCUGAUGAGGAGAGAAGUUCUAAUCCGAAUUUGGAAAAGGAAGUCAAAAAGAGGUUAUCUAGUGAGGUGGCAGCAGCUGCAAACCAGAAUGGUCGCUGGAAAAAUCAGAUGAGAAGAGCGGCACAUAAUGGUUGCUGCCGCCGAGUUGCUCAAACACGAGCCUUGUCAUGUGUUCUCUGGAAGUUGCUAGCAUCUGAGAAACUUCAUGAACCUCUAGUAACUAUCGAGAUGCCACUGGUAAAUGUUCUUGCAGAUAUGGAACUUUAUGGAAUUGGUGUUGAUAUGGAGGGAUGCAUUCAAUCACGUCAUCUGUUGGGUAAAAAACUGAGAUAUCUGGAGAAGGAAGCUUAUAAGUUGGCCGGUACGAGAUUUUCUUUAUAUACAGCAGCAGAUAUUGCAGAUGUACUAUAUACACGGUUAAAGCUACCAAUUCCGGAUGGUUACAAAGGGAAACAGCACCCUAGUACUGACAAGCAUUGUUUAGAUUUGUUAAGGCUUGAGCAUCCCAUCAUUUCUGUUAUUAAAGAGCAUCGGACGUUGGCCAAGCUCUUGAAUUGUACAUUGGGCUCAAUAUGUUCACUUUCUAAGUUAUCCAUGAGGACUCAAAGAUAUACACUGCAUGGACAUUGGCUCCAAACUUCAACAGCAACAGGACGGUUAUCCAUGGAGGACCCCAAUCUUCAGUGUGUCGAGCAUAUGGUUGAAUUCGAGAUAAAUCAUGAUGAAAAUGAGGAUGGUGAUUCAGACACGGAUCACUGCAAAGUAAAUCCUCGGGAUUUCUUCGUUCCUACUCAGGAAAACUGGUUACUGGUAACUGCAGAUUAUUCUCAGAUAGAAUUGAGGCUGAUGGCCCAUUUCUCUAAAGACUCGUCACUAGUUGAUCUCCUCACUAAACCUCUUGGUGAUGUUUUUAAUUUGAUUACUGCAAAGUGGACAGGGAAAUCAGAGUCCUCAGUGGACCCUAAAGAGCGAGAUCAAACCAAAAGACUGGUCUAUGGUAUUCUAUACGGUAUGGGUGCAAAUUCCCUUGCUGAACAACUGGAAUGCAGUCCCGAUGAUGCUGGAGACAAAAUCCAGAGCUUCAAAAGGUCUUUUCCUGGCCUUGCUUCAUGGCUUAAAGAAGCAGUUACAGUUUGCCGUAAAAAAGGUUAUGUGGAAACCUUGAUGGGGCGGAAGCGGUUUUUGGCAAAAAUUAAUUUUGGGAACAAUGAAGAAAAAUCAAAAGCUCAGAGACAAGCUGUGAAUUCCAUUUGUCAGGGAUCUGCAGCUGACAUAAUCAAAGUUGCAAUGAUAACUAUACACUCUGUCAUCGCUGAUGGUGUUGAGAAGUCUGAGUCUAGCAUCCAAUUUGCAGAAAGAUUCCACAUGCUUAAGGGUCGCUGUAGAAUCCUUCUACAGGUACAUGAUGAAUUAAUACUUGAAGCUGAACCUUCAUUUGUGAAUGAAGCUGGAUUGCUGCUAAAAUUGAGCAUGGAAAGCGCUGCCUCCCUUCUUGUUCCAUUGAUCGUCAAACUGAAGUGUGGAAGAACAUGGGGAUCUUUAGAACCACUACUGCCUGGUUAAAUAUAAGAAAUCAACAUUGAGUUGCUAACAACUUUUGUUAACGAUCACAAAAUCCAGAGGGCGAUCACUAUGAGCCUUUCUUUGCUUUCAGGAAGUCUUUUAUAGUGAUUCUCAAAGUAAGAUUGGGCAUGAAGGAACUGUAAUUUGUGGAUCAACCUCUUCCAUAAUUGCAGAAAUUCUGAGCUGGAUGUGUUUUAAAAUCGGUGGUUUGAAUUUCGGAAACAUGGUGACGAUUGAUUGUUGCAUUUCGUUUUCUUGGGAACAUUGCUCGUGCUAGCAGAUCGCUGACAUGUCUAGGUUCGUUACAAGAUUUUUUUAUCAACGAGCUUUUAUGUAUAUAUAUAGAAAAAGAGGGCAAACAUCUUGCGGAGAAGAAUGACAAUUUUGUUCGAUACCAACUCGGCUUCUAUGUUUCCGGUGGAGGUGGACAUCGCCAUUGUUCGGUUUUGGAAAACUUUGGCGGGAAAGAAGCAUGAGAGCUAAGAAUUUGAACAAUCGUAACUUUCAUAGUUUUUGGUUAUUUCAGUUUCUUUAUAUCAAUUUUCUUCUUGUAAUAGUUUUCAGUUAUUUCAUUUCAUAUGAAUCUUUAUAAUAU